AUGUCGAUGGCAAGGAUAAAACUUUUAUUGGUUGUCAUAUUAUGGAUGGGCAUCACCCAUCAUCAUCAUCACACGGAAGCCUAUUCAAUAAACAACAAGAAGCCCACACCUUACAAUAACCACGAAGCCGAGACGAUAAACCGCCGAGCUUGGCUGCAACAGCAAGUUUCUAUUCUGGGCUCUUCCUUGGUAGUUUUUGCAUCAACAUGGUCGUCUCUUCCAACCACCUCGUGUGCCAAAUCUCCACCAUUAUCGCCAACCCAAAAUCCCCUCGAAAGCAUCAAGGAAUCCCAAGCCACCUUGGACAAACUCUUGUCCAAUUGGAAACGCGCCACGAUUGAUUGUACUUUUGCCGAUGUUCCCCGUGAAUUGCUGGAAACCAAAAACAAAGAGCUGCUAUUAGAGAAGGCCAGUAUCUUUGCCCUCUUUGACAAGUCUGUCUCCGUGGAAACCUGCAAGACGACCAAUCGCAUCGUGAGAGAUUACUUGGGAGUGACGGGGAAGGGACCAUUGGUGGGGAUUGACAAAAAGUUGAAACGAGGAUUGGACUUUGUGUCGCCAGAUGAUGUGGAAGAUUAUGUGGCUGCUCUCGAAAGCUUUUCACAGUCAUUAUCCAAGGCGAGUUCAUUGAGUUACACUGCCGGGGUUGCUGACUUUGAUGCUGUCAACAACUUUCCCAAAGAUGCCGUAGACGACACCAAUGAAAAUAGCAAUCUGGAACAGGCCAAGUUGGCCAUAUCACAAGCAAAAGAUAACUUGGAUCUAAUUGUCAAGUAUUUGGAAGCUGGAUCCGCAUGA